CUUCAUUUUAGAUCAUGAAUGUCGAGAGGAUUCAAAAGAGCUGCCAGAGAAGCCAUGGCCACAAUCAAAGAUUGCGUCUCCGUCGCAGCUCAAGAGAAUGCACAGAUCACUCGAGGCACUCUUCUCAAACUACACAGCCUGGAGAGGGCUCGGCUCGUCCACUCUCAGCUCCUCGAAAGCUUCCAUCUCGACAUCUUUGUCUUGAAUUCCCUCGUCGAUCUCUACGCAAAGUGUGGAAGCAUGGAGGAAUCCUCUCGUGUUUUUCACGGAAUGGCGUGCCACAGCCUGGUGUCCUGGAACGCGUUGCUGCUUGGCUAUGCCGAAAACGGCGACGAGCAACUUUGUCUAGAGAUCUUUUCGUCCGUCUCCGAGCGUUUGGGUCUGGAGUCUUUGAACGGCAGAACCUUUGUGGCUGCUUUCAAGGCUUGUAGUGGCCUGGCAGUGAAAGAAACGGGCCAAGUGGUAUCAAAUGGAGAGCUUGCGAAGCUCGGGGCUCUUGCCAAAGGCAUGGAACUCCACUCCAAGGCUGUUUCUCGCGGGCGCAUAGACAUUUUCGUGGCCAACAGCUUGAUAGACAUGUAUGGGACCUGCGGUAGCACCUUGGACGCUGCCAAAGUUUUCGACAAAAUGCCUGAAAGAGAUGUAAUCUCCUGGACUGCUCUAGUGUCUGCAUUUGCCGUCAAUGGGCAAGUUGAGAUUGGGCUUCUUUUGCUCUCAAAGAUGGUGGAAAGUGGCUGCAAACUCGACGUUGGCGCGCUUGUUACUGGGCUUAAAGCCUGCAUGAGUCUAGCAUCUAAAGAAGCUGGCGUAGACGUAAAUGGGAAGCUCGUCAAGGUGGUGUCACUGGAGAAAGCCAUGGAUCUAGACUCCGAGGCAUUGAAACAAGGAUCCGAGGCGCACGUAUUUGUGAGCAACACGCUGGUGGAUUUGUACGCAAAGUGUGGGAGCCUACUGGAUUCCCGUGGAGUCUUCGACAGGAUGAAGCUCCACACUCCAAUCUCGUGGACUUCGCUCCUCGCUGGAUACGUCGAGAAUGGAGAGUCGCAACUUUCUCUCGACUUGUUCUCGGAGUUCCUGCGUGACUUCCAGCCGGAUGCCCAAGCCUUCACCGCGGCUCUCAAAGCCUGCGGCAACUUGGCCAACAUCGAGAAACUAGCCUUCUUUCACGCGAGGAUUUGUCGGUGCGGGCUAGAAUCUGAGCCACUUCUCGCAAACUCUCUAGUAGACGUUUAUGGAAGGUGUGGAAGCAUCGCCUCCGCGCACCACCUUUUCGAUUGCAUGGCUAUGACUGACUCGGCGACAUGGAACGGACUGUUCGCGGGGCAUAGCCGUCAAGGCAAGAGCAAAGCCGUGCUGGAGCUCUUCCACGCAAUGCAAGAGCAGGGCCUCAAGGUGGACGAGAUAAGCUUUACGUGCGUUCUCACGGCUUGCAGCCACCAGGGGCUUGUGGAGCUGGGAAAAAGAUACUUCGAUGCGAUGCUCGAUCGCGCAAAGCAUGGAGCUUGCACCAUUCGUGUGGAGCACUACGAUUGCAUGGUGGAUUUGCUGGGGAGAGGCAACCAGCUCGAGGCGGCGGUGGAGCUGGCCAGAUCGAUGCCAAUGGGGGCCAGCGCUGUGACUUGGACGAGUGUUCUUGCGGCGUCUCAAAAGUGGAGGAACCUGGCGGUGGCGAGGAUUGCUUUCGAGGCUCUCGAGAGGCUCAAUGCCAAGGACUCUGCGGCCUACAUGCUCAUGGCCAAUGUUCUUAAUAGCACAACGAAAGUGAAGUCCAUACUCCAUUGUACACGUAAAAGCUUCCAAGUUUCGAUGUGAAAGACCUCCAUCAGAGACUGCAUCUUUCGCGGAGAUGGCAAGCUUCGUGACAUUGUCCCUCCACAUUUGGCCUGCUUCUCCCAUCAUAUCCUUCACUGCCUUUUCAACGAUUGUGGCAUAUCUGGACUCGGUGGCAAGCGAAAGCCAAUCUUCCAAUGCUCCACAGCGAGCGCACAGUUAAGUGGCUGG